GAGGAGCUUUCACCUGCCCACUCGUUCUGUCUCUCUUCCUCCAUCACACCUCUCUCUCUGAAGGAUAUUACUGCAUCAAUCUGUCAAACAAACAACUUAAAGGACUCAAACAGAUAGUGUGUGUCGACAUGCUGGCUACUCUGGAGACGAUGGGUUAUAUCCCAGGCUGGCCCGGUCCUGCCCAGACCCCGGUAGAGGUGGACCUGGACGUCAUAGAGGAAUAUCUACAGGAACACUCCCUGGACGUCCGACACACACCUCCUACGCCUCCUGCCACGCCCGCUCAGCAAACACACACACACUCACACCAACACCAGGAGACCAGCGUCAUAGAGAACAGCUGGUCUGGUCAGUAUGCCUACCAGUGGCAUUAUGACUAUAGUUCUCCUAAUAAGGAAUAUGAAAAACAGGCUCCGCCCACAGAAUGGCCUCGUCUUCAUGGCAACCACUGGGAGCACAGCACCUAUUCCAGUGAGACAACUCCCUGCAGUGAGUCUGACUCCUCCAGCUCCCUCUGUCUAGACUACCCUCCAUCCUCUCCCUCCGACGCUCUCUCCUGCCCCCCUGCUGAGAGGAGAGGCAGGAAGACGAGCGAAAUACUGCCCCUCACAUCACACUCAGGAAAGAAGAAGGAGCGUCUGUUCCACUUUCUGUUUGAGAUGCUACAGACCCCCUCCAUGCGGAGCUGCAUCUGGUGGGUACAGUCCUGCUCCGGCACCUUCCAGUUCUCCUCCCAGAACAAGGAACGUCUGGCCCAGCUGUGGGGCCGAAGGAAGGGAAAUCGCAAGACCAUGACAUACCAGAAGAUGGCUCGAGCACUCAGAAACUACAGCAGAACAGGAGAGAUCUGUAAGGUGAAGAGGAAGCUCACGUACCAGUUUAGUGAGGGAACACUGAGGGGGCUGCAGGGAGCGUGUUAGGGAGAGUGAGAAGGAGGAACAUAUGCUAGCACAGUUACCUGGCAGGGCACAAAGAUAAAUACUGAGUAUUUGUAAGAUGAGGAAGUAGAAGAGGAGGAGGAGCAGGGGGAGGAGGAAGAGGAGGAGAAGCAGGAGGAGGAAGAGGAGGAGAAGGAAGAGUAUGAAGAGGGGGAGGAGGAGGAAGAAGAGCAGGAGCAGGAAGAGGAGGGUGAGGAGCAACAUCACCCUAACCCCUAACUCUUCUGUCUUCAACAGGUAGACACCAUGUAGAAGCUAGGAAAAGGGUCUUCGACAUGUAGAAGCUAGGUAAAGGGCCUUCAACAUGUAGAAGCUAGGGAAAGGGCCUUCAACAUGUAGAAGCUAGGGAAAGGGCCUUCAACAUGUAGAAGCUAUGGAAAGGGCCUUCAACAUGUAGAAGCUAGGAAAAGGGCCUUCAACAUGUAGAAACUAUGGAAAGGGCCUUCAACAUGUAGAAGCUAUGGAAAGGGCCUUCAAAAUGUAGACACCAUGUAGAAGCUAGUGAAAGGGCCUUCAACAUGUAGAAGCUAGGGAAAGGGCCUUCAACAUGUAGAAGCUAGGUAAAGGGCCUUCAACAUGUAGAAGCUAGGGAAAGGGCCUUCAACAUGUAGAAGCUAGGGAAAGGGCCUUCAACAUGUAGAAGCUAGGUAAAAGGGCCUUCAACAUGUAGAAGCUAGGAAAAGGGCCUUCAACAUGUAGAAACUAUGGAAAGGGCCUUCAACAUGUAGAAGCUAUGGAAAGGGCCUUCAAAAUGUAGACACCAUGUAGAAGCUAGUGAAAGGGCCUUCAACAUGUAGAAGCUAGGGAAAGGGCCUUCAACAUGUAGAAGCUAGGGAAAGGGCCUUCAACAUGUAGAAGCUAGGGAAAGGGCCUUCAACAUGUAGAAGCUAGGGAAAGGGCCUUCAACAUGUAGAAGCUAGGGAAAGGGCCUUCAACAUGUAGAAGUUAGGUAAAGGGCCUUCAACAUGUAGAAGCUAGGGAAGGGGCCUUCAACAUGUAGAAGCUAGGAAAAGGGCCUUCAACAUGUAGAAGCUAGGAAAAGGGCCUUCAACAUGUAGAAACUAUGGAAAGGGCCUUCAACAUGUAGAAGCUAGGGAAAGGGCCUUCAAAAUGUAGAAGCUAUGGAAAGGGCCUUCAAAAUGUAGACACCAUGUAGAAGCUAGGGAAAGGGCCUUCAACAUGUAGAAGCUAGGGAAAGGGCCUUCAACAUGUAGAAGCUAGGGAAAGGGCCUUCAACGUGUAGAAACUAGGUAAAGGGCCUUCAACAUGUAGAAACUAGGGAAAGGGCCUUCAACAUGUAGAAGCUAGGGAAAGGGCCUUCAACAUGUAGAAGCUAGGGAAAGGGCCUUCAACAUGUAGAAGCUAGGGAAAGGGCCUUCAACAUGUAGAAGCUAGGGAAAGGGCCUUCAACAUGUAGAAGCUAGGGAAAGGGCCUUCAACAUGUAGAAGCUAGGGAAAGGGCCUUCAACAUGUAGAAACUAGGGAAAGGGCCUUCAACAUGUAGAAGCUAGGGAAAGGGCCUUCAACAUGUAGAAGCUAGGGAAAGGGCCUUCAACAUGUAGAAGCUAGGGAAAGGGCCUUCAACAUGUUGAAGCUAGGGAAGGGCCUUCAACAUGUAGAAACUAGGGAAAGGGCCUUCAACAUGUAGAAGCUAGGGAAAGGGCCUUCAACAUGUAGAAGCUAGGGAAAGGGCCUUCAACAUGUAGAAGCUAGGGAAAGGGCCUUCAACAUGUAGAAGCUAGGGAAAGGGCCUUCAACAUGUAGAAGCUAGGGAAAGGGCCUUCAACAUGUAGAAGCUAGGGAAAGGGCCUUCAACAUGUAGAAACUAGGGAAAGGGCCUUCAACAUGUAGAAGCUAGGGAAAGGGC